GAAUUUUUCAGAGAUUCAUAUGUUCCGCUUAACCUUGAUAUCACCUUGUAGAGGCGGGCCCUUUGAUUCUUUAUCUUUUAAGAUGGCCUCAAGAGUAUAGUGGAUAAUAUUCAUUGAGAAUGAUUCAGUUGAAGUUAUCCGAUAGUGACAUAUGUGAGAGACGAAAGGCACAGUUAAAGGAGUGGUGUGGUUCAGAGACUGAUCAUGCGUCAUCAAAAAUGCGGGAGCCAGAGAAAAUCAAGUUUCCAUUAUCGGUUCAGCUACUUGCCGCAUGUAGUAACAGUGAUUUGGAUGAAUUUUCCCGUUUACUUAAGCUUGGAACGGACAUUAAUACGCAAAAUGCGGACGGAUUAACUAGCACACACUUAGCUUGUAUCAAUGUCGACUUUGAUUUUUUGAAGUUUCUUAUCAGCAAUGGUGCAGAUAUCAAUCUACAGGAUCACGAAGGUUGGACUCCUUUGCAUGCAGCAGCUUCUGUGGGUUGCUGUGAACUAGCCAGAUUUCUAAUUGAAAAUGGUGCAAGUCUCUCCAUUUUAAGUGUAGAUCUAGAAUUACCAAUUGAUGUAGCACAAGAUGAAGAAAUGAUUAAUCUACUUACAGAUUCAAUGAAAAAGCAAAAUAUCGACGGUGAUGCUAUUAAACAUUCAGAAGAACAAAUGCUUUUACAUGAUGCACAACAUUGGUUAUCCAGUGGUCAAUAUAAACCAGUUAUUGAUCCUAGAACUGGUGCCACUCCCUUACAUGUCGCAGCUUGUAAAGAUUAUACUAAAGCAAUGGAAAUUCUUUUACAAAUUCCCGGUUUAGAUAUAAAUGCUAAAGAUUUCGAUGGAUGGACUGCAUUACAUGCAGCAGCACAUUGGAAUCGUGAAACAUCUGCUCGAAUGUUAGCUAACGCUGGUGCUAGUUUUGAUGAGCAUACACGUGCCAGUCAAUCUGUAUUCGAUGUAGCUGAUAAAGAAAUGAUUGUGUUGCUUAGACAACUUCGUGAAAGACAAAGAGCUGAAAGAUUAUCCAAUGCAUCUAAACUACCAGAAUCCUCGAAAAUAACAGAAGCAGUUAAACGAAGUCAUCCGGUUGAAUUAGAGACUGAUGAAAAUGUUAACACAGGUAGUGAUGACGACGAUGAUGAUAAUUCUCUUAUUGAAAUUGAUCAAUCUAAUUGUGUAAAUAAAAAGCCAACUAUUGAACAAGAUAUUUACUCAUCGUUAAAUGAUACUCCAUCAUUGUUGACAAAUGGAAAAUUAAUCAAGAAAACUGUUAACAAUGAAGAUAUGGUAUUGAAUACUAUUACUAACACUACCGCUUCUCCACCUACGUUAUUAUCUGUACAAGAACGAACGGAGAUAUUGCAAUCCGCCACUAUUACUACUAAUUUUAAUCAUUCAACUGAUCAACAAUCAUUUAUAACAUCUUCUGUCCACGAGGAACGAACUUUACCGUCAUCAGACAGUGGAGAUUUUCUAUCGAUUGAUACUAAUAAAUCAUUGGAAAAACCUGGGAAAUCAUUAUCACCAGAGAAAUCUCCUGUCGUGGUCGCUUCGACAACAUCUAUAUCAUCGGAUGUGAAUAAUGACUAUCCAUCUUUUACCAGUGGUAAUAAUAAUCGAAUGGAAAAAGAAGUGUCAGAUAAUAUUAUGAAGACGACUAUCCCUGUUUCUUCAUACUCAUCAUCAGCAACAUCCGUACAGCCACGUAGUACACUUCGUCAUUCAUCACGAUCUCCUCCUUUAACUGUACCUACUAAUAGUGUAUCCGGUCCUAUUUCAUCAUCUACAUCACAUUUAGUUCCCAAAUUGGUAGAAUCAGAGAUUACAACAGAUAAAAAAUGUGAGAGUGAUGAUUUACGUGAAAGUACAACGAAUAAACAUAAAACCGGUAUUGUAAGUAUUAUAUCAACUCCACAAAAUAAACAUCCUGUUGAUGAGAAAUCACAAACUAGUGUACAUAAUAUUACUACUAAUAAAGAAUUAUCAACCUCCUCAACUGUGACAGCAACAACGGCUGCUACGUCUACUAUCCCAUCAGGAACAGGACGGUCAAUUACGAAAAUAAUCGCUGUCAAACCUAGGCGAAGUGAUCCACAAAAAACGAAUGUUGAUGAAAAGGAAAGUGUUGCAACCGUGAAUAAUGCACAAAGUAAAUUAUCCAGUCCUGUUCCUGAGCUUACAACUAAUCGACGAAUAUCUGUUGUAAUGGCGCCAACAAAGUCCGGUGAAACAGAGACACAACGUAGUGUUAAAGCUCGUUAUGUCCGAUCUACUCGACGAUCUACUCAAGGUGUUUCAUCAGAAGAUGUAGAGCAGGCUAAAAAGUUAGCUGAUAAAAAUAUCAACGGUAGUACUGUUGUUUCGGAUAAUUCCCAACCAAUGAAUUCAAUUCCAACUGUUGAUACAUCGUCGUCAUCUGAUAGAACAACAUCAACUGGUACAUCGGGAGUUCCAAAUAAUAAAUCUAUCAAGCUAAGUCAUGCUUCUUCAGCUUGUAGUAGAUCAUAUCCAGACAAUCCUACAAAUCUUUUUCGUCGACUCACCGAUACUGAAUUAUUGAGAUCUCGACCUAAUUCUGAAACUGUAGCUGGUAGUGGCGAUACAUUUACUGGCAGAUCAUCUGCACGUACUGAUUAUUCAACUAAUGAACGAGAAAAUAAUGAUAUUCGAUCUUCAAAUCAUCCUUCUGCUUCAACUGGUCGUCAUGUUAACUUCUCAGGUGAAACAAACAUGAAUUCUUCUAUAUAUGAUGGUAAUUCACGACGGUCAGCUUAUAUUUCACAAGUACGAUCUGUAGAGCAUAGUCCUACGUCAGAGAAUAAAACUGAUUAUACAACAUCAGGAGGAGUUCGUGAACGUCGUCAUAUUCGUGAACGUAACCCACCUGAACGAGUACUAUCCAGUAAAUCAUUUUCUGCUGUAUCAGAUAUUUUUGAACGUCGUAUGUCAGAUCAGAAUUCAUCGUAUACUACUAAUAAUUCUGGGCGAUCAGAAUAUUCACCAUCUUCUUAUACAAAUACAAAUAGAUUCUUUAAUACCACUACAAAUACUACUAGUGGUAUCAAUGCUACCACUGUUCAAAAUGAAAAUGAUGUUAAAGGGAUUAUUCAAAGGCCUACAAGUCGAUUCCUUCAUCAGUCAACACAAUUAGUUAAUACAAGUAGUAAUUCAAGCUCCACACCUACAUAUUCAUGGAAUCCUUCACAAAUCACAUCAAAUAGCAGUAAUGUUACCACUGGUAGUUUGAAUAGUGCUCGUGGUGUUGUUUCAACUAAUAACCAUCACAGUAAUAAUAACACUACUAAUAGUACAGAUUAUUCUUCAUCAACUCCUACUCCCCGUGAUCACGUUUCACAAUGGCAAGAUUCCAAAGAUUAUAAACGAUUAUAUGAACGAGAGAAAGAGGAAAGAGAACGACUUCAACGUGAAUUAGAUAGAUGUAAUCGUCAAAUAAAUCAAUUACGUCAGGAACAACAAUUGAAAAUUUCAAAUGAUCAUAGUUAUUCAAAUACUUCAGAUACAAUGAAUAUUCACAAUUAUACUAGUAGUAAUAAUUGUAAUAAUUCACAAAUACCGGACACUGUAAGUAUUACUUGUUGUUUUAUUUUUUCUUUUAUAAAAAGGAAAUCAUUCACUGUUUUCAUGAAAUCAUGUUUUACAUUUUAGAUGGAUUAUUUAUAAUUGAUUAUGUAAUAACCUUCAUUUUCAAUCUUGAUUAUUUUAAUGUUAAAAACUAAGAAGCUAGCGGAUUCCAUUACUUAUUCAAGUCAAAUCAAUCAAGGUUCUCAGUAAAAAUGUUUAUUUAAUUUUCAAUGAUGUAUAAAUCAUCAACACUGAAUAAAGAAGAAAAAAAAAUCAAGAGUAUAAUUUAUUCAAAUUGUAAACAGUGUACUUUUUUUUCUCUCUUGUUGUUAUUGAAAGUAACUAGGUAACUAGUACAAAAAACAACAACAAGGGAAUUAUUAUUAUUCG